CUCGAUUGUGAAUGCACGGUAACCAUGCAUAGAAAAUCUAUCUUAUUCCAAUAUGGCAUUCAUCUACACGUCCACCUGGCCAAUCCAGGCACCACACACCAAUCCUAAGGCCUAGUUCCAAAACAACCAUGCUUGAUUAGGAGUAAGGUGUCGAUAAAGAAAGCUUCCACAAAGACCACCACAAAAACAUUCAUCCCAUGUACCAACCAUACACUUCCUCACACUUAUACCGAUUAAAUUGCCAUUUCAUGCAUUAUUCCACUAAAGCCUCAACUCUGAUAGAGGCAUUUCAUUUAGCACAGAAAAAUGGGUUGCAGCUCCUCGAAGAGAAUUGAAGCCACUGUUGAUGUCUACCGCCCACCCCCAUCAAGCUUUGCAGUUUUUGAUAUCAACUCCAUACAAGAGCCAUGGCUCUCCGUGGAUAAUUCUGCUCAAGAAAACCAAGAGAAGCACACCCACCUACCGGCCCCCAUACUCGAGAAGCUAAAAAAGUUGGAAUCCGAUGCUCCUCAUUCUUGGGAAGAGGUUAGCAAAGCCCUAGAGGAGCUCAAUAACAAAAAUUCUAUUGCCGCACCUCUAAGGCCGGGUACCCUGACCACGCCGGCGAAAGUUAGCACCACUAAUGCCGCCUCCGUCACUCCAACCCCAAAAAAGACACAAGCCCCACUUAAGAGCUCAUCUUUUCAUACUCUUGAAGAACUGGACGCGAAACUAUCUUCAAAACCCCAAAAAGAGCUAAGAAAAAUCGAGUCCAUGCGCACCGAGUUGAAGAAACCAGAGGCAACGAAGACUGAGUCACGAGUUGUUUUUGAGCCGGCAACCGAGUCAGAGAACGUUAUCAAGCCGGUGAAAGAGAACAUAUUCAUAUUAAGGGAUAGGCUCGAGAGAGAGAAAGAAGGGAAUAUGGCAAACUAUGACAAGAUAAAGAAGGACCCACUGAGUGACUAUCCAGAGAAGUGUCCACCGGGAGGAGCUGACUCAGUGGUUAUCUACACAACGUCGUUACGCGGGGUGCUUAGAACAUACGAGAAUUGCAACCGCUUGCGCGCCUUAUUGGAAGUACACCGAGUGGUGUUCGACGAAAGGGACGUGUCCUUGCAUGGAGAGUUCUUGAAAGAGAUAAGAGAAUUGCUAGGAGAAGAUGCGAGCGUACCUAGGGCUUUUGUGAAAGGAAGGUACAUAGGAGGAGUGGAGGAGGUGCUGAAACUGAACGAGUCAGAUCGACUCGGGAGGAUACUUAGUUGGGCACGUGUGGAGAGAGGGGUGGGGAGACAGGGGUGUGAAGGGUGUGGAGGGGCUAGAUUUGUGCCGUGUUUGGAAUGUGGUGGUAGUUGUAAGGUUUUGGUUGAUGGAGUCAAGGAGAGGUGUGGCAAGUGUAAUGAGAAUGGAUUGGUCCUUUGUCCUGCUUGCCUCUAAUUAAUUGAUAUUGAUGGUAUGUUGUGGAGAUUUUAGUUUGAACUUGGCAUCUUGUGGCUACAAGUGGAUGAAGCAAUGUAUGGGGGUGUGGAGGAGCUUCCAAGUUUGUGUUUGGCGUAUUUUUCAUGUGAUGAUUUUGAAUUUGACAGAUUGAAAGGAAGUGGAUUGAGAAAAUGUAAAUUGUGUAGCUGCAUAUGUAUGUAUGGUGAUUUUGUCUCUCUACUUUCUUAGAGAAAAUUAAGUGAUAUUAAUUAAUUAAUAUAUGGUAACACCCAUUUUAGCUUA